AUGGCGUCUCUGAAACAUGUCUUCGACAGGUCCACGACCGGCACAUCGGUCGCAGAGAUCUUCUCUUCAGCCAUCAAAGGCAAAACCAUUCUGAUCACUGGAAUCAAUAAGGGUGGUCUUGGUGGCAAGAUGGUCGAAAUCCUCAGUGUCCAUUCCCCAAAAACGCUUAUCUUGGCAAGUCGCACGCCGUCGAAGAUCCAAGAGAUUAUCGACACUUGGAAGGCAGGCUCGCCAAACACGACAUACAUUCCUGUGGCACUGGAUCUUGGAUCGCAAAAGUCCUGCCGGGAAGCCGCCUCCUCGAUCUUGUCCAACACCCAAAUUCAGCAGAUCGAUCUUGUUUUCAACAAUGCUGCGGUCAUGAGCCUUCCGCAGCGCGAGUUUAGUCCCGAAAACAUUGAAAGGCAAUUUGCGACAAAUCACAUUGGGCAUUUCCUUUUCACAAACCUGAUCAUGCCGAAAAUCAUUACAGCUGCGAAGGCAAGCCCCAAAGGCACAACACGGAUCGUCAAUGUCUCGUCCCGAGGUGUCGUGUACAGCCCUGUUCGUUUCACAGAUAUCAACUUCGACAAGGUCAACGAAACCCUCCCUGAAGCUGAGCAGCCUGCAUACGAGGCGCUUGCUUCAACCGGCAGACAUGUUGAUAAAAAGGAUCGUUACAGCCCUGAGGUGGCUUACGGGCAGUCUAAGACAGCUAACGUUCUAUUCUCCUUAGCGCUCACAUCCAAGCUCUACGAGAAGUAUGGUAUACUCAGCUUCGGCCUCCACCCAGGGGCAAUAAUGACUGAAUUGGCCCGCCAUAUGGACCCGGAGAAGUUCGCGGCUGUGGCGGAGAGAUUCAAGAAUAUGUUUGUGUCGGUGGAUCAAGGAUGUGCCACGUCUUUAAGAGCUGGAUUGGACGACAGCCUGGAUCCAGCAGAUUUUAAGGGCGAUGGGAAGGGAAUCUUUCUAGCUGAUGCCGAAAUUGCGGAUGCCCCUGCAUGGGCGCAUGAUCCAAAGCUUGCAGCGCGGCUUUGGGAUGUUAGUGAGAAUCUAGUGGGACAGAAGUUUGAAUUCUAA